UUCGAAUAUAUAAACAACAACAAAAAAAAAAACAAUCAUCAGAUAUUAUUAUUAUGGCAAAAACGAAAAACAAGAAGAAUAAUUCGAAACCAUUUCGACGAAAUUUAGUACUGGACAAACCGAUCAGAACGAAUUGGAAGAAAAAAAUGCAAUUGAAACAUGAAAAUACACAGAUUAAAGCAUUGGAAGCUGAAUUAAAAGCCGAAAAACGUACAUUAAUCGAAGAAAAACGACAACGACGUGUAGAGAAUCAAAAACGUCGUGAAGAGAAUGCAAAAAAAGCCGAAAUUGUACAAACAAUAAGAAAUAAGAAUAAGCUAAAAAAAUUAAAAGGAUCAAGAAAAAUACGAAAAGUUUAAAUUAUAAUUUCUCUAACUUUUUUUUUAUUGUUUUCAUAAUAAAAAUCCUGUCAUUGUGUUUUUUUU